AUGCCCAGAAAGAGGGACUUGUCAGCAGAUGAAGUUGGGAUUGAUAUACACGAUGAUGACAGCGACAGUGAUGACGGCGCCACCCGGAGGCGAGCCAACAGAAGACAAGCAAAGGGAGGAGCCCGGGCCAGAAAAGCAGCAAGUGAGGACGAGGAAGAUGAGGAGGCUGUGGCCCCAAGAACACGAAGGGCAGCGAAGAAGCCCGUCAAGAAAGACGAGGAAGAUGAUGAAAGUGAGGAUGAGGGCCCCAAGAAGAAGAAGCGAGGGGGAGCAACAAAUAGGAAGAAAGGAGGUAAAAGCCGAGACAGUGAGGAGGACAGUGACGUGGAGAAAGGAAGGAAGGGGAAGAAGGGAGGAGGAAAGAAAGGAGGAAAGGAGGAGGAGGAAAGUAAAAGUAAGAAAGGAGAUGCAAAAGGAAAAGACAAGAAAAAGAAAAAAAAGGCGGAAAGUUCAUCCGAUUCUAGUUCAAGCUCAGAUGAGGAUGAGGAGUCCUUGUCUGAAGGAGAGAUGGCCUUGCUGAUGGAGGAGGUGGAGGAGAAGAAGAAACUGAUAGCCAACAUCAGGAACAAACCAUGGAGGAUGAAGAGGAGGCUAACACACCUGAAGGAAGCUCAAGAGUUUGUGGAUAAGUUUGAAGGAGCUCUCGGCAAAGGAAAAGGCAGAAAGUGGUACGCCUACAAAGUGAUGAUGACAAAGAAAUGGAUCAAGUUCCAGAGGGAUUUUGAAAACUUCCGAACGGCAUGUAUCCCCUGGGAGAGGAAGAUUAAAGAGGUGGAAAGUCACUUCGGGUCAUCUGUAGCUUCUUACUUCAUCUUUCUGCGAUGGAUGUACGGGAUGAACCUUGUUUUGUUUGGUUUCACCUUUGGACUGGUGGUCAUUCCUGAGGUUCUGAUGGGCCUUCCCUAUGGGUCCAUUCCUAGGAAGACUGUGCCCAGAGCAGAGCAGGCAACCGCUCAGGACUACUCUGUCCUCUUGGAUUUCAAUGGCUAUUGCAAGUAUUCCGUCCUGUUCUACGGAUAUUACAACAGCCAGAGGACCAUCGGCUUGUUGAAGUUCCGGCUCCCUUUGGCCUACCUUAUGGUUGGGAUCGGAACAUUUGGCUAUAGCCUGAUGGUCGUGAUCCGCACAAUGGCCAAGAAUGCAGACCUCGGCGGUGGGGAUGGAGAAGAUGGAGAGUUCACCUUUGGUUGGAAGAUGUUCACCAGCUGGGAUUAUCUCAUCGGGAAUGCCGAGACAGCGGACAACAAGUAUGCAUCCAUCACCACCAGCUUCAAGGAGUCCAUUGUGGAUGAGCAAGAGAACCAGAAGGAUGAGAACAUUCAUCUGCGGAGGUUCCUCAGGGUCCUGGCAAAUGUCCUCAUCACUUGCAGCCUGGGAGGAAGCGGAUACCUCAUCUACUUUGUGGUGAAGAGGUCUCAGGAGUUUGCCAAUAGAGAUGAUCUCAGCUGGUAUGAGAAAAAUGAGUUGGAGAUCAUCAUGUCUCUGCUGGGCCUUCUGUGUCCUCCACUGUUUGAGACAAUUGCGGAGCUGGAGGACUACCAUCCUCGGAUCGCCCUGAAGUGGCAGCUGGGACGCAUCUUUGCUCUCUUGCUGGGGAACCUGUACACAUUUCUCUUCGCCCUCUUUGACGAGGUCAACAGCAAGCUGGAAGAAGAGCAGUCUAUAAAGAAUGCCUCGAUCUUGGCCAUGAAGGAAUACUACGCUAACUACACCCGACUGGUCAAUGACACAGAGGCCACCCCGCCCCCCAUGAGCCCUGCUGAUGUCAUCAGAGGACCCUGCUGGGAGACAGCUGUUGGCAUAGAGUUUGUGAAGCUGACAGUGUCAGACAUCCAGGUCACUUACCUGACCAUCCUGAUAGGUGACUUUGCACGGGCAGUUAUUGUGCGUUUCCUGAACUACUGCUGGUGCUGGGACCUGGAGGCUGGAUUUCCCUCAUACGGAGAGUUUGACAUCAGUGGUAACGUUCUUGGACUGGUCUUCAAUCAAGGAAUGAUCUGGAUGGGGGCGUUUUAUGCUCCCGGCCUGGUCGGAAUCAACGUGCUGCGCCUGCUCACCUCCAUGUACUAUCAGUGUUGGGCUGUGAUGGCCACCAACGUCCCCCACGAGAGGGUAUUUAAGGCCUCCAAGUCCAACAACUUCUAUAUGGGUCUGCUGCUCCUCAUCCUCUUCCUCAGUUUGUUGCCUGUGGUCUACACCAUCAUGACACUGUCUCCCUCGUUUGAUUGCGGACCCUUCAGUGGGAAGGCGAAGAUGUUUGAUGUGAUCAUUGAGACGAUCGAUCUGGACUUGCCAGCCUUCAUCGGGACAUUGUUUAGCUACGUAGCCAACCCAGGCCUCAUCAUACCGGCUGUUUUGCUCAUGGUACUGGCCAUCUACUAUUUGAACUCAGUUUCGGAGGCCUACAAAAACUCCAACCUGGAUCUGAAGAAGAAGAUGCAGAUGGCUCGUGAUGAAGAGAAGAACCGACGGAACAACACAGAUAGCACCAACCAGGUCAUGAAAGAUUUGGAGGAUCUGCUACCAAACCGUUCCUUGGCCCCCCCUGCUCCACCACCAGAGCCUGAAAAGACGUCAGAUGCAAAGCCAACUAAAACAAAACCAGGGACGGCUGGGAAAGGUGUUCACCUACAGAAAGACAUGUCCCUUGCGUCAUCCAACCCCGCUCCCCGAGGGCCAAUAACCCAAGCCCCUAGACCAAGAGGACCGGCACCAGCAUCCGGUCCUGGCCGAGGCCGCGGUAGAGGUGCCCCAAGAAAAUAAACAGUCAUAUUCAUUGUUACAACUGGAUAUAGUGUAAAAUGGGAUAUUUGACUCACUGGGUUGGCGAGUACUGGUUGUUGUUUUUCGGAUCAAUGAAUCUAUCCACCCCAUGGCAUACAGUUGUACUUAA